CCAAAACAACAUUACUGCCCGUCUGCUACGCUCCGUCGUGACAUGCUGAAUGAUGCAUAAGUGAAACAUCUUGAAAAUAAAAUCUCGUUUUCUUCAGUCGUCCGUACACAGUUAAACCGCACACUAUUAAUUAUGCGCGUUUAGAAAGCAUUUAUUUCUGCUCGCGAUUCAUUCUUUAAACGUAUGUAAUGAGCUACAUGCUAACACUUUAUUAUCCUGCCGAUAUUUAUGAUCAAAUUUUGAUAACCUGCUCAUAAAGUGUGCGUUUGCACUUUUAUCAGUGUAUACCUGUUGGAACAGAUUGCAAAUUUGAGUAGCACUCAAACCGAAAACAUUUAUAAAGAUAACGCACGUGACCAACAGUGAUCAUUCACGCGAUGAUGGCUGUCAGUUGUUUCUUUAUGCAAUGAAUGAGUUGCAGUAAAUUUGCGUUUUGUGAGAAAGCUCGAGCAAUUCAGGUACAGAAAUGACGGACACGCUCGUCCUCUCCUUCCAGACCCAGCUGUCUGCGGUCAUGGAAACCGUUCUCAAGACAACCAUGUACGAAAUCACGAGGUUAGUGGAGGAGAGCUUUUUGGAUCAAAUGGAUCGAGGAAAACGAGAGGCGGAGGUGUUAAGACGGAGACUGAUCUUGUCAGAGACCAGACUGAGGGAGCGGGAGAGGUUUAAAAGGGUGAGGUGUGUGGACUGUGGUAGAGCAGCAAUCUCCAAGAGAAGACUGCUGAACCGAGGCCCUGAAACACAGAGCAGUUUGGAGCAACCACUUGUUUUAAAGCAGGAGAAUUCGUCUGAAAGUGGCUGGAGAUGUAAUGCCAAAGAAAGCACAGUGCCAAACCAAGACACGUCAUCAGCGGUCCUGAAAUCUAAACAAAAUGAUAUGCUAAAAGUUGGAGGAGAAGUAAAGGAAGAGAUCACAGAGAUUAGAGACGCACAAGUCUGUCUAGUAAUACGCUCUCAAAUACACAAUCAGAAAGAUCCUUCAAAAAGCGUGGAAGAGAGCAAUGGACUCCACAAUACAGAUUCGGACCGCAACUCCCUAAAUGACAAAACAUGCGGGGGUACAUUGUCUUGUACUGAUAGGCCUGUCGAUGAGGAAGAGAUGACACACAGAAACCAGCCAAAAUGGUUCGAUUCCAAACCAGAUCCUGAAACACACCAUGAAUCUGUUUCUCAGCCGGACCCAGUCAGAAUUUUACCAUCUUCAGAGUGUCAGGGUUCGAGACUGCCCAUUAAACAGGAAGUUGUUGUGAUGCUUCCACCAGACUGGGAGGAGAUGGAGGAGAGGAUUACUCCUCAAAUGGCUAAAAAAGCACAGUUGAAGGUUCAGCAUGGAGCUCAAGCAGAGAAGCAAGUACAGUGUUCCGGACCUCCUGUCAAGGUUCAGUCUCUUGCACCACAACCCAUCCGGCUUCCGCAUCCAUCCAGCCAGCCAUGCAGAUCCCCACUUAGGAAGAACACAAAAAUCGUUCCACAUCCUAAUGUAGUAGUGCCAGAUCAAGGCCCCAUUCCUGUAAACACUGUACAUGCUAUCUCUAAAGACCUUCCUACACCGAAACAGUCUCAAGUCCGUCAAUACCCUGAAGGAGCCGGUACAGGUGAAAGAAGUUUCAGCACCAUAAACCCAGGAAGAAGUGGCCCACAGAUGGUCAGUAUAAGAGUUCAAGGGGACACGCGGUACAAUUCGGCGAAGAUGAUGCACAAUUGCAGCCAAUGUGGAAAAGGCUUCUCUCACCUAUGUCACCUCAGAGCUCACCAACAGAUCCACACAGGAGAGAGGCAGUUCUGUUGUACAAUUUGCGGUAGGAGUUUCACAAAACUGAGCAACUUAAAAGCACACCGCAGGGUUCACACGGGAGAACGACCCUACAUCUGCACGGACUGUGGGAAAAGGUUUACCCAGAAAUGUAACCUGAAAAGACAUCAGAGAAUUCACUCUGAUUUUCAAACUCCAAUAUAUGAUGAGCAGUGAAGCAUAAUAGAGGUAGAAACAAAGAGGUGUAGAAUCAUCAUCUGUCAUCUGCGUUCUUACUAUCAUGUAACGUUUUUGGAAGUGUGCUAAAUUUAAAACAGUUUUUCUUUUGCAUUGCUACACAAGUGACUGGAUUACUUAGGGGUAAAUAGGUACUAUCAUAUAUAUGAAGCGAAAGUAUUUGAGGAACAUAUAACAGAGAGCGUUCCGUUAAUAUCAUGGUCUUGACGGAGGUGGUGUUUAGCGGCUUGGGGAUCUGAUACCUGUCGCCGGUUCACCGCUUUUUCUUCCUUUGACCACUUUUGAUAGAUAGUGCCACUGCAGACCGGGAACACCCCACAUAAGCUGGAGUUUUGGAGAUGCUCUGACCCAGUCGUCUAGCCAUUGCAAUCUGGCCCUUGUCAAAGUCCCUCAGAUCCUUACACAUUUUUCCUGCUUCUAACAUAUCAACUUUGAGGACAAGUGUAGUUGAUGUGUUAAGUCUGGGUCCCUUUUAUUUAUAUAGUACAUUUAAACAACAUUUCUGCUGACCAAGCCUCGUUGAAAUGAAGGCAUGAAUAACUGUCUUUAGGUCGCCAAAAGAUAGAACAUUUAAUUUCCGUAAACUCCUAAGAUGGAAAAAACUAGCUCUAACCCCCCCCCCCGUCACAUUAGCUACAAGAGACAGACACAGAGCGACAGGCUACCAUUCAUUUUCAUUGGGAGUGGCCGUUUGCCAAUAUUUGCUUGUAGAGGACCUAAACUGGGAGUCUGACCAUGUAUCAAAUGGGGGGACCCAAACAAGUUUAGCUGAAGAAAGUUUUUACACAUCCAACUUUUGAUGUCAUUUAUGCAGGCUAACAAAUAAGAUAUAGAUUUUCAUCCAGGUUUUACUGACAUGUACAACUGGGUAGGGGUGCACCGAAAUUUCGGUCGCCGAAAAUGGCAUUAUCGUUUCGGGCCGAAAUAAAAAAUCCAGCCAAAAAUGUCAACCGAAAAUGAAUGUCAACCGUGCCCCUCCCAUCCGUGCGCUAGCGCUUGGGUUUCACUCACGGUCAAGCUAUUAUCAGUCGUCACCCACCCUCCCCUCCGUGCUCAAGCAGGUUUCACUCACGGUCGAGCUGUUUGCACACGUCUGCAGCAACAUGAUCUGAAAAAUAAUCUGAUCUGUGCCUCAAAAACUGUAAUGUGAUCUGAACUGUGAGAUUUGUGAUCCGUCACACACCCCUAGUAAAUUAAGUACACAGUGAUAGCCAUAAAUGCAUUUGUACUAAUAAUUGUCGUCAUCAUUUCUUUCGGUGUUUCGGUUUUCGGCCUUGGUUAAUUUUUUUUUUCGGUGCAUCCGUACAACUGGGUAUCAUCCGCAUAAAUAUGAUGUGUAACCUUCGAAGAUGAAACGUAGGGGAAGAUAUAUAAGGAAUUAAAAUUGGGCCUAAAAUGGAGCCCUGCGGCACCCCACAUGUAACAGAUGCGGGCGAUGAAUUAAACUGUGUUAGAAGCAGGAAAAUGUGCAAGGGUAAGGAUCUGAGCGACUUGCUGCUUUUCUUUAUUAUCAAGUACAUAUUAAGUAUAUAUUUUUUUGUUUUUUUACUAAGAGAAUUUUAUAUCUAUCACCCUUAUAUUUUUGUCUACAAAAUUAUUUUAAACAUUUAAGUAUACACCUUCAGGAUAAGUACUUUAAGAUCAUGAGAAGCGUUUUAGUUAAGUGACCCUAAACAGUUGCCCACUGGUGUAUCUAUAAUUUUCCUUUGUUUUUGUUCCUUUCAUAACAAUUAAGUUACAUUCCUUACAAAUUUGUAUGACUAUACUGCAUAAAUCACACGUUACAGACCCGUAACCGUUUCAUGAGAUAUGCCCAUGUUUCAGAACUUUUAAGAGGACUUGGAAGUUUGUCUGUCUUUAUUUAUUACUUUUUUAACAUUAAACAAUAAAACACAACAUCUUAAUGAAAUACCAUAUAAAUUAGAUUUUUUGUUUCUUAUUUAGAUAUGUAGUAUUCACCCUCUAGAUUGGUGCACAUAUUCAAUUGUGACAGCAUUACGGGUUUUGAACUUGUUUACAUAAUGGGCUAAGCUGUAUUACAAACAGGACAUUUUCAUAAUCAUUUGACAUAAUGUACUUUUGUUUAUAUUCUGUUUUGUGUACAUCAAUGCCUUAUGGUUGAAUAUUGAAAUGCUUAAGUAUGUGGAAAAUGCGUCUAAACAAAGCAGGAGUGACCCAUAAAGACAUCUGCUAAAUGUAAUAACAUGAAAUGGCAUGAUGACUAAAUAACACACAUUGUAUUACAUGCUCAAACAUUAUGUGUUUCAUUAAUGCAUGCAAAUUAUUGGUGAUUCGGUUAAACCACAACAGUCAUAGGCUCUGAGAAUGUAAUUAAAAUAUUUUCUUUUUUUUGUGAAAAUAAUAAUUACAUUUUAAAUGCUCCAAAUAUUUAAAAUGCAGAAAGUCCUCCAAAUUAAUGUACCGUUGUGUGUUUGGUUUCAUAUUGUGUCAUUGUGUGAUGUUGAGGUACAAAAUUAAAUGUUUCUCAAACUAUUUGCUAUACCAACUUUUAUACUGAU